CUGCAGUAACAUCCUUUUACUAAUCAAGUGCAACAAAUUGUAGACUUUGAUAAGAAAUGAGAAAACUAAUGAUCCGCAGUGAAAAGAUGUGAUUGCAGUAAACUAUAAGAUGCUGAUUUUUUUGCAACUAAAUUUAUUUAUUUUUUGUCCCUCUUUUCCCUCCUGAACUCCUCGAUGCUAUCUCUACUGCUGGCCCUGUUCACUGUUGGUGACUCAGCUGUAAGUUCACAAAUAAAGUAACUUAAAAAUGUUUACACUGUUACUUUUUUAAACAUAUGUAAAAACCUGACAUUAUGUUCUUAUUUGACAAACUGCAACACAUUUUCAUUGUAACACAAACCAUUUUAAAUAACAAUUAAUUUUGCCGGCUGAUUACAGUUGAAACUGCAAUGCAGUGAGAUGUGCUGGUUUUCUACAAUUAAACGAAAAAUCUCUUGUCUCUAUUUUUCCAUUUUCCUUUUUGCCAACUCUGUCCUGUCUCCAAGUGCAGACCGCUUUGUGGCGACUCGACGUAAGUUCACACAGGGAUGACACUUUCAUGAAUAAGACAGUGUGCCAUUAUUCAACACAUUAUGGACCCCUCAUCAUGUCCUAACUUAACAAUUUGUUUCCUUUGAUUAUGUAAUACUCACAGUUGGAAAUGAACAGCUUGAAUGUAAUAUGCAGUACACUUAUUUGCAUUUCAUUUCCAAUCCCUGGAAAGCAAUUUAUUACUAUUAAAUUGUGGAGUUGGAACUUUUUAACGAUGAAAAUCCAAAUAAUUACUAAUUGAAUGUGAUUCCCUCCUUUGUGCAUCUCUCAUAUUAAAAAAAACAAGCUAACUUAAUGUUCUUUAAUAUGGAAUAGACAAUCAUUAUUUAUGCAGCCAUUGAUUUAUUUUAUUAUUCAUUUAAUCCUAUGUUUAGAUAUGUGUAUAUCCUUCUAAGGUACCUUGCAUACUUCUGUUUACAGCUCAUGGAGGUGCUUGGCCUCAUUACUACUUUUUACAUUGUUGGAAUACUUAAAACACACUAAAGGAAAUUACUUUCUCCAAAAUACAUAAUAUUUUAUCAGCAGAGUAAUCCAUUGUUACUUUUGCUUACCAGGACAUGGUUAUGAACAUUAUAAAGGGAACUUAAAGUAAAGAGUCUAAAAUACACAGGGAUAAUAGAACUUUUUGUAAAAUACUUUGAGGUCCUAAAUUUAAAAAGGUGGCUCUGUGGUUGGAUUCAAGUUGGACUCACUGUAGGAUGUGGUGGAGAGAUGUACUGUGAGGAAGGUGGAGGCUAUUCAAGAGAACAUGGAUCACCCACUUCACAACACCUUGGUGGACCAAAAGGCCUAUGGUGGUGGACGGCUCUUCUCUCUUCACUGCAGGACAUAAAGAUUCAAAAGAUCUUUUGUACCCACAGCCAUCAGACUUAACAAUUCUUUUAAAAAUAGUAGAUGACUUUUUGAGUUAUGACAAAUGAGACUACAAACAAUCAAAUUUCCCUUCAGGGAAAAAAUAAAGUUCUCCUUACCUUAAAUACAUUUUUAAUAGACUUGUAUGAGCACUUUGGAUUUUUAGUUCUUAUUAAUUUGAUUGAUGGGUUAUCAAACAGGGCAAUGGUCAAUUCCAGAAUUUGACUCAACUUGGCUUUUGAUAGAUGUAUAGUUAAGGAUAGCCAUAUGGUGGGUUAAGUAAAAGCACAUAAUAAUGACAUUAGCUUUGGGUGGAUGUUGGUUCAUUUUAUUUCUUUUAUAAAAAAUGAUUCAUGUUUGUUUUCAUUGUGUCUUACAGGUAUCGUGUCCAGUCUCCCCACUCCCCUAUCUUUUUGGCCGCUCUGACUUUCCUGUCUCCUCUACCGCUCUGUCUGAUUAAAAAGCCACUCUAUCUUGUGUCCCCCUUGUCUCUAUCCCUCUGGCUAAGUUUGGUUACUCUGACUUUCCUGUCUCAUCUACCACUCUGUCUAAUUGAAAAGCCUUUGAGAAACCUUUCUGGAACAAGCCUUUGAGAAACCUUUCUGGAACAAGCCUUUGAGAAACCUUUCUGGAACAAGCCUUUGAGAAACCUUUUUGGAACAAGCCUUUGAGAAACCAUUUGAAAUUGCCAUCCUUUGAGAAACCAUUUGAAAUUGCCAUCGUCAUAAACCUUUCUGGAACAAGCCUUUGAACCUUCUGAUAAACCUUUUGAAACACAAUUUUGGAGAAACCUUUUGAAAGCCUUUUGAUAAACAGUUUUUUCAGAAACCUUUUGAUAAACCUUUUACAAUACCACUUUUGAGAAAACCUCUGAUAAACCUUUUUGUAAACCAUUUUUGAGAAUCCUUUUGAAACACCAUUUUUGAGAAACCUUUUGAAACAGUUGUACUUCUUAUACAGCCACUACUUUGAAAAAUCCCUAAUUUUGCACAAGUCUGAUUGUUGUUUUAGGUCCUCCUUUCCUGUGUGUGGAUCCAGAGUUUCAUCAGAAGUGUCAUCAGCACUACCACAUCUGCAUCCCUGAUUUUGAAAGAAAAAAAAAUUUCCAUAUAGAAUUUUUGAGUUAGAUAUUAUUUCAAGCACAAAGUUCUAAGAUUUAAAAAUUGUUGAUUUGUGUUUUUUCUGAAAACAUUUGUAUCGUCUUGUGUAGGAGUUUCUUAAAAAACAUUUGAUAAACUAUUGUGGUAUACACAUAGUUAUAAAUUGUAUUUUUUUGAGACUAUAAGAGCUGUUAAAUAACGUCCUCUUGAAGAAAUAAAGCAUUUUUGUCUUUACUGGUGCUUAUCAGUAAUUUAAUUGUUGCAUAAACACAUUGUUGUGAACGAAUAGUUACAAUGCCAAGGAAGAGUAAGAAGUCACAGGCUGCAAGCCAGCGCUGGCAGAGGGUUCAUGACAUUGAAUUUGUGAGUACUGGACAAGCAGAUUGUGUUCCUCAGAGCAAUGGAGAGGUAAAGAGGUCUGAAGUGUCUGAUGCUGUGAAACAGGGAGGUCCAAGUGCAUCGUAUCAACCACAGGCAUCUUAUGCAGACGUGAGUGAGUCACCUGCAGCAGGUCCAUCUAACUCUGGACAGGUAAACCACAGAUGUGAAAGAAAUGAUCCAGGUGCACAACAGGUAACAUAUGCUGACAUGUUGAAGAGAAAAGUUCCUCGUGUGUCAUGUAUUGCCGGUCCGUCCAACUCUCGUCAGAUGAACUACAUAGCCCAAACUGACAAGCCAUUUUCAACCCAGGUAUUGCAUGCAGACACUGUUAACCACCGUAAUUAUCAGUCUGUAGCAACCUCUUCUCAGGCAGGAAAUAUUAAUGCUGUUAAUCAGUCAGGUGAACAAAACGUCUGUGCGUCACGCAGCCAAGCGUCUCUGAAAUACGGCCAAUCCAGAAACCAGCAGUGCACCUGUAACUCACUGACAUUUCUAGCAUUCCUGUAUGAGAACGAACACAUAACCAGAGCAGAUCUGGACCGUGUUUUGGAUAAAGGUGAUGUGAUGUACAGAGAAAUCAGAAAAACUGUUGAUCACGCCCAUCUGACAACAGAUGAACUCCCUAAACAGGUUCCUGCACGCAGACACACGCAGACUGUUGACAAGUUACAGCUGUCUAGAUACGGUACGUUUGGAGAUCCGGAUCCCAGCGCUGUUGAUACCUUUCUGGACCUCGAGAUGGGACUGAGCUGCUUAUUAACAGAUGUGCAGUAUGCUUUGCUGCUAAUGACUUCGUUGUGCAUUGCAGUUUUUAGAACCAGAGAUGGCAGGUACGGUUUCUUUGACCCACAUGCUCGGACAGCUAACGGUUUGCCUCUGCUUCAGGCCACGCCUACUCCUGGUACUGCUGUCAUGGUAACAUUCACACGCCUCAGUGACAUGAUUGAAAGGCUCAUCAGGUAUCACCGCAUAUUGGGCACAGCAGCGUCAUGUACCUAUGAGCUUAAGCCAGUUGUGUUUUAUAAUGUGAACCCAAGUGAUGCUAUCCCAACCACAGGAAGUCCGUCCACAAGUCCCUCUGUCACAACCAGUGUGAUAAAUGAUGACAAAAGUGCUCCACAAAUGAACACUGAUGUCCAUGAAAACACUGAGCAUGACAUGGAAACCGAACCAGAACCACUGAUCAACUUCAGCCAAUGUUCUGUCCCAUUAACUGGUCCUGAAUCUCUCGUUCUGGAGAUGAACACUACUGUAGGUGAUGACUGUCAUGACACAUCACAGAAAGUCUCAACUUUGAUGGAAACACAAGCUCAUCAACCAGGUCCAAUCAGCAAUAAUCCUGUCACAUUAGAGGAAUCUCAGGAGACACAAUCAAAUUUGACUGAACUAUUAAUAAAUAUCCCUGUCACCAGUGACAAUGUCCUCCAUGACAUUUCUAGUGAACUGUCAAAAUUGAACAAACAGCAAAAACAGAAAUUUAAGAGGAGACAAAUGAGAUCUGAAAAGACAUCACAAAAGAAAGAGGAUAAAAACAGGAAAGAGAGAGAAAGGUAUACUAAGGAUGAGACAUAUAAGACAAAGAAAAAGUCUUAUUCAAGGAACAAAUAUUCAGACAAUCAUGAAAUACAGACAAAGAAAAGACAAAAAAUCACAACUAAAUACAGGGAAAGCGCAGACUUCAGACUAAAGCAAAAAUUAUAUAUAAAAAGAAAAUACAGAGAAAAUGUUGAAUUUACAGGCAGACAAAAAGAAUAUUUCAGGAAAAAAUAUGGAGAAAAUGUUGAUUUCAAAGGCAGACGAAAAGAAUAUUUCAGGAAGAAAUACUCAGAGGACAUUAAUUUCCGCCGAAGACAGCGAUCCUACUUCAAUCAUCGAUAUGCAAACGAUGAAACAUUCUGUCACAGACACAGACAGCUGAUGAGACAAAUAAUGCGAGACAGGUAUAAGACAAAUCUUCCAUACAGGACUAUGUAUAAAAUCAGAUGUGCAUUGAAAAUAUCAACGAAAUACAAACAGAUAAGUAAACAAAUAUGCAAGACUGUCAGAGAGAUUGAAAACCCUUUGAUUGAGAGUGCCAUAAAUAUUUUCAGAUUACACAUUAAAGCUGGUCCCACCUAUAUUUGUACGGUUUGUCACAAAGCCUCAUUUCCAAACCAAGUGCAAAAGUGCAAGAGGUCCAACUAUGUGAAAAAUCCAAUCAUGGUUUCAGCUUGUCUCAAAGGUCAGUACGUCCAUGAGUGUAAUGAUAACUGCAGAAACCAGUGCACUGUCCCUGAUGAGAGAAAGACUGAGUGGAUUUGUCACACCUGCCAUGACCAUCUGAAAAAUGGAGUCAUGCCCAAACUUGCCAUAGCAAACAACUUGGAGCUUGCUGACAUACCACCUGAGCUGUGUGACCUCAACAUACUGGAGAGACAUCUGAUAGCAAAGUGCAUAACAUUUGCAAAAAUCAUUCCUCUUCCCAAAGGCAGACAGAGAGCUAUACAUGGUAAUGUUGUAUGUGUUCCCUCUGAAGUCCAGGAAACAAUUCAGGCUCUACCCAGAUUGAGAAAUGAGUCUCAGGUGAUGAGAGUAAAACUGAAGAGACGUUUGAGUUACAGAGGUCACCAUCUGUUUCAGACUGUUACCUGGUCCAAGCUAGUGCAGGCUCUGCAUAAACUGAAAGAGAUACACCCCCAGUAUGAAGACAUCACUAUUAGAGAUGAGGAGGAGUUAUGUGACCCCACACUUCCUGAUGAUGGUGAUGAGGAUGAGGAUGAGGAUGAUGGUAAUGAUAUUACAAUGAAUGAUGACGACUAUGAUGAUGAGGAUUUGAUGGAAAUUGAUAGAAUUGAGGCUGCUGCCAUGUAUGAGGCUGAAACUAAUGUUGAAAAUGAGGAUGAAAACACAGAGCUGUGUGAUAAAAGUCAGACCCAGGACAAUGAUGAUCAGACACAACAACAGGAUGCAGAUGCAGACAUAUCUAAUGGUGGUGUUGUUUUGGAGUCAUGCCUUCAGCCACGUGAUGUUUCUGAGGAGAUACUGUGUUUCAGUGACUCCACAUACUCAGUUGCUCCAGCAGAGAGAAACAAUCCAGUCAGUUUUUUCAAAACACCCAAACUAGAGGCCAUGGCGUUUCCUGUUCAGUUUCCCACUGGUGAGAAUACACUGGAUGAAAACAGACCAAUGAAACUAUCACCCAGUAGUUAUUUUAAAGCAAGGCUCUUUGGUGUUGAUGAUCGCUUUGCCAAAGAUACCAACUACCUGUUCUUUGCACAGUUUGUGACUGAAAUACACUUGGCUACCUCCAGCAUGUCAAUACAGUUACGCAAAGGCAAACCUUUGACCAGAGACGGACGUAAAAUAACAUCCAGAAUGUUGAGAGACAAAUACGAAGUGGAGAGACUGGUGAGAAACAGAGAUGCUAUCAGAUUUAUGCAGCCGCUCAGAGGAACACCAGCCUACUGGGACAAAACUACAAAAGAUCUGUUUGCUAUGAUCAGGCAGUUGGGCAGUCCUACUUUCUUUGUCACAUUUUCUGCAGCAGAAAUGCGUUGGCCUGAGGUGAUUAUUGCAAUAAAAUUACAACAAGGUGAGGAGGUGAAUUUUGAAGAGCUCGACUGGUCCACAAAGUGUGACAUUCUGAGAAGCAAUCCUGUGACAACGAUGCGCAUGUUUGAUAAGCGUGUUGAAGCACUGUACAGAGAUCUGAUCAUGUCUCCUGCACAACCCCUGGGCAAAGUUUUUGACUUCUUUUGGCGUCUCGAGUUUCAGCACAGAGGAAGUCCUCAUAUACAUGGUCUUUUGUGGGUAGAAGGUGCACCUGUGUUUGAGAGAGACUCUGACAAAACUGUGUGUGACUUUGUGUCCAAACACAUCUCUGCUCAGCUCCCUGACCCAAACAAACAGCCUGAACUGUACAAAAAGGUCAAAGAAGUGCAAAUACACAGUAAGAACCACUCAAAGACAUGUUUCAAAAGUGCAAGUUCUGGAUGCCGAUUUGGAUUCCCAAAACCACCCUCCAGACAGACAAUGAUAACAAGACCUGUGGGUGAUGAUGAGGAGUCAGAGAGACUUAAGAGAGCCAAAGAGAAACUUGCACCACUGAAUCAGCUGCUGAAUGAGACACAAACUGAAUCCAUGAGUUUUCAACAGCUCCUGUCUGUCUGUGACUUAACCGCUGAUGAGUAUGAGAAACACAUGAAUGUGAUGAGUCAGUCCAGCAACAUCAUUCUGAAGCGUGAGCCAAAAGACUGCUGGGUAAACACCUACAACCCUCACCUGCUCAAAGCUUGGGAUGCAAACAUUGAUGUGCAGUUCAUUCUCAGCUACUACAGUCUGAUCCAUUACAUAUGUACGUACAUGUGUAAAAGUGAGAACUCUGUGAGCCAGUACCUGCAAACACUCAUUCAGAACUCCGACAGAGAAUGUGUCAAUGAAUGUGAUGAAAUGAAAGCGGUCAUGCAGGCGUAUUCCAAAAAACGAGAAGUAUCAGCACAAGAAGCUGUUGCCCGAGUGACUUCACUGAACAUGAAAAAGAGUUCACGCAGUGUGGUUUUUGUCCCAACUGAUGACAACCCAGUGAAAAUGAGUCUGCCUGUGUCAAGCCUUGACAACACAACACCAGACAGCUUGAAUGUGUGGAUGACAUCCUUAACAGACAAGUACAAAUCCAGACCUGAAACACCAGAGUUUGAAGAGAUGUGCAUGGCUGAUUUUGCUUCUACCUGCAGACUGGUGUAUGGGAAACAGACCAAGGGCAAGAAAGUGGUACCUUUGCUGAAUGAACUAGGCUUCAUACAGAGACGAGAAAGUGACAAUGCUGCUGUCAUCAGGUAUCGCCGCAUAUCGAAAGAGAAAUACCCUGAGCAGUUUUACAGCACAUUGCUUAGACUGUAUCUUCCAUACAGAUCAGACGAUGAGCUGAAAAGACCAUAUUUUCCCACGUAUGAGUCAUUCUAUGAGAGAGGUGUGGUUCAGCUGCCGUAUUCUGACCGACCCCUGAGUGUGAAACUCAUCGUGAAAAGAAACAGAGAGAGAUAUGAAAAAAACAGUGAGGAAAUUGACUCUGCUCUCGAGGACUUUGAACAGAACAGAGGUGUGGUCGAUGAAUGGUGUAAUUUGGCACCUGAAUCUGAACUGGUGAGGUUGGAGUGUAUCGAUGAACUGGAUGCCAGACAGUGUGAAAAUGUCCAAGAGGAUGUACCAGAUUACAGUAGACAAGCUAAUGCUGCUACAGAGGCUAGAGUCAUGAGAGAGCCCCCUACAAUCGAUCCCACACGGUUACGACAAAUGUAUCAGAGUCUGAACCAGAAACAGGCAUGUGUGUUCUAUGCAGUGAGAGACUGGUGCAUAAAACGAGUCUGUGGACCACAACCAGAGCAGUUUUUCUACUACAUCAAUGGUGGUGCUGGCACUGGAAAGUCACAUCUCAUUAAAUGCAUUCAUUCAGAAGCAUCAAAGAUUCUGAGAACACUACCUAGACGUGCAGAGGAAGCUGACAUCUCAAACCCGACUGUGCUGUUGACUGCUUUCACCGGAACUGCAGCCUUUAACAUCUCUGGAACAACACUGCACUCUCUCCUCAAGCUGCCCAGAAGUUUGAAACCUCCUUUUCAAGGUCUUGGGAACCAACUUGAUGAAAUCAGGUGUGAGCUUUUAAACGCUGAAAUCAUCAUCAUUGAUGAAAUCUCCAUGGUGUCAAAGCCACUUUUUGCCUAUGUGGAUAUGAGACUGAAACAGAUUAAAGGCAGCCACAGACCCUUUGGAGGAAUGUCAGUCAUUGCUGUGGGAGACUUUUACCAGCUACCGCCUGUGCGACAGUCCAAACCACUCUGUGUCUAUGAUCCAAGUGAACUUGACCUCUGGAGAGACAACUUCCAGGUGAUCACUUUAGAUGAGAUCAUGCGACAGAAGGAUGACAAAACUUUUGCCGAGAUGCUGAACAGACUCCGUGUGAAAACAAGGUCAGAUGAGCUUUCUGAAGCUGACAGAGCUCUGCUGUCACAGCGUGUCACUGAACCACAACUGUGUCCCUCUGAUGUCCUGCACAUUUUUGCUACAAACAAACAAGUCGCAGAACACAACUCUGCUACACUAUCUCUGCUCCAUUCUGAUAUCACCACCAUUGAUGCAGAUGACUUUAAAAAAGACCCACACACUGGACACAUGAAAAGACAAGGUGCACCAUGUCAUGGAAGCAGAAAUGAUCUACCUGACACACUAGAUGUUGCAGUAGGUGCUAGAGUCAUGCUUACCAGAAACAUUGAUGUGUCUCAAGGAUUGGUGAACGGAUCAUUUGCUACAGUAGGCCGUCUCAUAAGCUCUGAAAACAACGGUUCUGCUCUUGUCACUAUGCUUGGUCUCAGGAUGGAUGAUGAAACAGCUGGCAGGAGCUAUCGUACUAGAGGAGACAAUCUUGUGUACAUCGAGAGAUCUGAGGAGGCUCUGCAACAGAAAGGAGUGGUACGCAGACAGUUUCCUGUGAAACUUGCCUUUGCAUGCACGAUACACAAGGUUCAAGGUAUGACCAGAAAAUCAACUGUUGUCUCUCUGAAGCACAUUUUUGAGCCCGGCAUGGCCUAUGUAGCUAUCAGUCGAGUGACCUCCCUCAGCGGACUGUACAUGCUUGAUUUGGAUGAGAGUAAAAUCCAUGCUAACCCUGCAGUCACUGUAUCUUUGGAGACCAUGACGCAAGCUAACUUUGAUCACCUCAUGCCUUUUCUCCAGAUCCAGCAUUCUCUCAGCAGACAGGACACUGUGAGCAUCAUUCAUCACAACACCGAAGGAUUACCUGCUCAUGUGAAUGACAUCAAAAGCCAUCAUGAACUGUGUCUUGCAGAUGUUUUGUGUCUGACAGAAACUCACCUACAGGGCUCCUUUGUGGCAGACAGUCUCCAGUUUGAGGGCUACACCAUGUUCAAACGCAACAGACAUUUGUCCUACACUAACUUUCCACAGAUGGCCAGUAAAGGAGGUGGUGGAGUCGCUGUUUAUGUGAAAAACCACUUGCAGGUUGUGGAGAAACAGUACCUGAACAAUGUGACUGACCUUGAGUUUGUGGCUUUGAAGGUUGAAUCUCCUGUAAGUGCUCUGAUUGCAGCUGUGUACAGACCUCCAGACUACAGUGUGCCAUCAUUCCUGUCCAAUCUGGGAAGCCUUCUGGACUCACUUGAGAUCAUGGACUGUCAUCCUAUCAUUGUCUGUGGCGACUUCAAUGAGAAUCUCUUUUCUAAUGCAAGUAAGCCAAUUUUGGAUUUCUUUCAGUCCAAGGGAUAUGGUCAACUGAUCACUGCUGGAACAACGGACAAGAACACACUGCUGGACCUGAUUUUCAUCUCACGACCUCAGCUAUGUCUCUCCUUAGGUAUCGUGCAGACCUACUACAGUUACCACAACGCAACUUACUGUGUCAUUUCAUCCAACAGGUCAUAGAGGAAACUGCUCUGAAGGGAAAGACAAACUACAGAAGCUGUGGCUAAUGUUCUGCUCAUAUUUUCAGUACAGAUUGAAAUGUGUUUGGUGAUUGUGAAUUUUACUAGUGCAAAAAAUAUUUUUAUGGCUCAGAAUUUUUAGAAAGAAUAUAUUUUUCAGGUUGUAAAAUUUUCCAACUAUUCAAAUGUUAUAAAUGACAAUUUUUGGCCUGUGCAUUUAUCAAGUCCAGUCAAGUCAAGUUAAUCCAAUUAACUUGACUUGACUGGACAUAGGGAGGGUGGGUGCGGAUUGAUAAAUGCACAGGCCAAAACUCUCAGCUGCUGUGUACAAUAAUGUAUACAGCAGCAAAAAUUAAAAACCUCCAUCAGAAAGUGUGUGUUCCCUAAUGAACACACACUUUCUGAUGUUCUGUGACCUACCAGCUGAAACCCCCCUUUUCUCCACCCAACUUUACACCACUCUCUUAGCAUGGGUGGCUGUAAGUACACUAGAGCAAACCUAAGUUUCCUUUUCUUUGGGUAUGUUUUUAGUUUUAAUUUUUUAUUAUUAUUAUUAUUUUUUUUUUCAGUUGUCUCUGCCAUCUUUAACCUGACCCCCAUUAGCACUAUCCUGACUAGCUCACUGUAAACUGAAAAAAUUAUCAAACUGUCAACCAAAAGUAAACACAUCACCUGUAGGUACAGUAGAGUAAAUCUAAGUUUCCUUUUGUUUGGGUAUUUUUUUUUCUUCUUCAGUUGUCUCUGCCAUCUUUGACCUGACCAUUAGUGCUGUCCUGACUAGCUCACAUAUGAGCGGUAAAAAAUUAUCAAACUGUCAACCAGAAGUAAACACAUCACUUUGGACCACUCAAAGACACAGUCUACCUGCUGUUUAACCCAGUCUUUGGUCGGAGGUGAAGAAGAGAUGACAUCCUCCACACCAUCCCCCUGCUGCUCUCAACAACCAUCAUCGCUGUGCUGGACAGACUGCAGCACCCACCAGGACUGUUCUCUCAUGGACUACACAAACAUGUGUUUUACCUGCUCGUGCUCCAGAUGUCCUGAAGCAGCUCUCAAGGACCACCAGACACCAGGCUGAAGCAGAACUGAUGCUGUAGUACCUGUCACUCACUGGGCUCGUUCCUGCUGAACCUCCAAGAGAUAAACCCCUCUUCAAGAAAGUCUAAGGUAAUGUCUUGGUGAACUUGUGUUCAUUUAUUUAUUCUUAGUUAUCUUAGCUGCUGUAUUAAUGCUUGUGACGCUAUUGUACAGCUCUGCUGAUAUCAUUGUCUUUAACAGCAGUGUUUUCUCCCAGGUCUUCUUCAAGCCAGUUAAGAGAGGAAGAACAGCUUAGACACUCAGGCAGCUGAACACACCAAAGGUAGACAUCAUGCAGCCACCCUGAGCCUUGAGCCUCUCUGUGUGAGGAAGCUUUGCUGCUGCAGACCUGGUGAAGUGGUUUUGGACAGAAAUAUUUUUUGCUCUGCUGCAGUGCUGAAGGUAUUCAUUGUAAUGAUGUGUGUAUUUAUUCAACGUGUUUAGUUUCACAGAUUAUCAACACAAAUGUUUCUGUUUAUUUCCUGUUUUGAACCAGCUACAUUCUCCUACUUCAAGUCACUGUCUGUUCAUCCACGGUGUAGCCAGUGCAGCUCAGCAGAGUCCUACUAAUGGUGAUCCUUCAAGUCCUGCAGCCCUAUGAAGCAAGCUGCAGCAGAUGUCAACACAUUCAGAUCAUCAGUUUAUCUUUACUGCAGCUUUAAACUUUCCCCGAGGUAACGGUGUAUUUCCUUGCCCCAUAACAAAAACCAUGUUUGACCAACAUAGAAAAGCACAGAAUUACUGUUAGCACAGGAUUACAGAGUUAAAGUGAAGGGGAUUUUGUUUGUUUUUUUCAGACCUCUCCUCCUCCUGCCUCUGACUCCAGUGAUGCUGUCAACUCGAACACUGAUAACUGCACACGGCGAUCCUACAACCACAGGUCAAAGGUCAAAACAUUACCUCACUCUAAACCUUCACUCUGAACUGUACCAGGCUCUGCUUUUGGUUUUGAAAAAAGUGCCCAGACAGAACACAGUACUCACUUGAGGAACUGACUGAUUGUCUUCAGGACAGGACAACUAUUACUCUUUUAUUGUUUUGAAUCCUGUUUUCUACAUUAAGUGAUCGGUUGUCAAUAUCUGUUAAUAUUUUAAGUUUCCUUUAUGUUUCUUGGACUUUAUUUGUUCUAUUUUAUUUUAGUAUUUUCUUCCCCUUUUACUGUGUAUCUGUCCUUAUAUCAAAAGAUGACCAACACUUAUGAAGGGAAAAAAUACCAGUUACUUCAGUUGUUGCAGGCAGCUGAAUUUCUCGCUUUAAUAUGCUCACCAUAUCCCUCAAAUUUACCUACAAGAGAAGUCGUGUUUUAGAAAUAAAUGAUGUACUUUGGGUUUCAGCUGGUAGGUACACUGCAGGUUUUUCACGUGUGCUUAGUCUUGGGCUAAUAUUUUGGACAGCAGUGAUCCCAGCACUACAGUGUGAAACAAUCCCUGCUGAAGGUUGUCGUCACAAUCCUCAAACACAGGGCUUGGUUAAACGAGCUGUGUGAAGGGAUUUCAUAGAGGAACAAAGUUUUUAUGCUUAUCCUUAAAAUGUAAUUCUCCAUAAUAGAAAACUUUUUAAAAAGAAACUAUCAACGUGAAGACAACCCAGCAUUUCAGUAAGACAAGUAGUGUGAAUGUUUGGAUAAGUAAACACUGG